AUGUGGCUUUCAGCUGCUCUACGCUACUCUGCUAAAGGUUAUUGCAAUGUGGUAACAGCUCGCUCAGACAUUGGUUACCAGUACAAGUCUCAUUUCAGUAUAGUUGAGAGUGUGUUUGGUGAGUCAGUGUCAGUGAUGGAGGGAGAUUCUGUCACUCUAAACACUGAUGUUACUGAAAUACAUGAUGAUUACAUACUGUGGAAAUUUGGGGCUGAAAAGUCUCUCAUUGCUAAAAUACAAAAAAACAAGCAACUGUUGUCCACAUUUGAGGGUCCUGAUGGGAGUUUCAGAGACAGACUGAAGCUGGAUGAUAAGACUGGAUCUCUGAUCAUCACAAACAUCACAACUCAACAUGCUGGACUCUAUGAAGUAAAGAUAAGUGGAACAAAAAUUACAUCAAAAACAUUCAAUGUUUCUAUCUAUGCUCGUCUGCCUGUUCCUGUCAUCAGCAGUAACUCUUCACAAUGUUCCUCAUCAUCAUCAUCAUCAUAUUGUUCAUUGUUGUGUUCGGCGGUGAAUGUGGAUGUGACUCUCUCCUGGUACAAAGGAAACAGUUUAUUGUCCAGCAUCAGUGUGUCUGAUCUCAGCAUCAGUCUCUCUCUACCUCUGGAUGUGGAAUAUCAGGAUAACAACACCUACAGCUGUGUGCUCCACAAUCCUAUCAGCAACCAGACUCAACAUCUGGACAUCAACAAAUUUUGUCAGCCUUGUUCAGAAUUGUCCAUUACAAAUCAGAGCCUACCGUUAUUGUACAUAGUAUUGAUUUCUGCUGCUGCUGGAUCUCUGCUGAUAGUAGCUGCAGUCUGCAUCUGCAAAAAAUCUGCAUCUAAAAAAACAGCCGAGACAAGAACUGAUUCAGCGUUGUGUAAACCAACAGCACAAAAAAUGAAAUCAAAGAAGGAUCCUGUGUAUGCAAAUGUCGCCAAAAAACGAUGAUCAAAUUCCACAUCUACUGGAAUAAAUGAUAGAGCUCAUACGGGCCCUGAGCCACACUUCUAUUACAUUUAUUUUUUGCCAAGAUGUUUUGUCUCUGUUUUUUUUGGUUUUUCCUCGCUUUUGCAUCACAUUGUUUGAUUUUAAGUUAUUUAAAUAAACUUUUUUUUUUUUUAAUUUAAAAAUUGAAUAUCAAAUGCAUAGUGGUGCACAGUAUCACACACAUGUGAUAAGGUAAUCAUGACUUUAGUGUCUUAACAAGAAAGUGGCCUCUGUAAUAACAGAGCUACUUUUACCCGAUAGG